GCUUCCGGUUCCGCUCAGGCACUUCCGGACCCAGGCAUGAUGGCGGCUCGCAUGGUGCUGUCUGCGUGUGGCAAAGCCGUUCUGCCCGGCGUUUGUGCUGCCAGUCUGCGCUUUGUGUCCCGGCCCAGUCCUGCUGCCCGCUGGUGCCCCCUGCUGUUCCGGGCAUAUGCCACAGAGGCCAAGAAGACUUGCAGUGACAUAGUGAGAGUGAGCGCGGGUACUGCGCCGUUCCUCCUGCUGUCCAGGCAGGCGUGCUGGUGGGAUAGUGUGAGGCGACUGCGUUCCCCUGGGCCAGGCAGGCUGGUCGGGAGCAUGGAGAUCUGCGGUGAGAGUCGAAGGCGGCGGAGUACUGCUCGCUUCCCCCUGUGCCAAGGCAGAGCUAUGUGGGUCAGCGUGAUCAGUGCCGUGCGAUUGGUUCCAGUCCUGGCGGAGGCGGGGGGCGCCCAGUUCAAGAAGUACGAGGAGAUAGACAAUGCCCCGGAAGAGAAGGCGCGGGGCAUCACUAUCAAUGCCUCCCACGUGGAAUAUGCCACGGCCAACCGCCACUACGCGCACACAGACUGCCCCGGGCACGCCGACUAUGUCAAGAACAUGAUCACGGGGACGUCGCAGAUGGACGGCUGUAUCCUGGUAGUCGCUGCCACCGAUGGGCAGAUGCCCCAGACACGGGAGCACCUCCUGCUGGCCAAACAGAUCGGCGUGACCAACAUCGUGGUGUACAUAAAUAAGGCCGACGCGGUGGACGACAAGGAGAUGUUGGACCUGGUGGAGCUGGAGGUCCGGGAGCUUCUGACUGAGUUCGGAUACGACGGUGAGAACACGCCCAUUAUCACUGGCUCCGCCCUCUGCGCGCUGGAGAACCGGAACCCCGACAUUGGGCUGAACUCCAUCAUGACACUGCUGGACGCAGUCGACACCUACAUCCCCGUGCCCCCCCGCGAGCUGGACAAGCCCUUCCUGUUGCCCGUGGAGGCCGUCUACUCUAUCCCGGGCAGGGGGACGGUGGUAACGGGAACGCUGGAGCGGGGGAUCAUCAAGAAGGGCGACGAGUGCGAAUUUGUUGGGCGCAACAAACACAUCAAGUCUGUAGUUACAGGCAUUGAGAUGUUCCAUCAGAACCUGGACCGGGCGGAGGCGGGAGACAACCUCGGCGCAUUGGUCAGAGGGUUAAAGAGGGAGGAUGUGAAACGCGGGAUGGUCAUGUCCAAACCCGGAUCCAUCCGGCCUCAUCAGAAGAUUCAGGCCCAGGUUUAUAUCCUUAGUAAAGAGGAAGGGGGGCGACACAAGCCGUUCGUCAGUAACUUCCUGCCUGUGAUGUUCUCUCUGACGUGGGACAUGUCCUGUCGGGUCACCCUGCCGGCUAAUAAGGAAAUGGUGAUGCCGGGAGAGGACACCGCCCUCACACUGACCCUCCGACAGCCAAUGGUCUUAGAAAUAGGUCAGCGCUUUACCCUUCGGGACGGGAACCGGACCAUCGGCACCGGCCUGGUCACUGAAAUCUUGCAGAUGACACACGAUGACGAAGCGAAUUGGGGAGGCUGAACCCCACAAAAUGAACUAUUCUGGGGGGGAGGAUCCUUUCAAUGAAGAGCAGUCCCUAUUGGCUGAAAGCCGACAGCAGCACUUAGUGUCUCCCCCCACCCCCAAAUCUCUGCCCCCCUGUAACAUAUUCCCCUCCCUCAAUAAAACCAGAGAUUUGGGUUUUUUUCUACCAGUA